CACCAUCUUCCUUGUCCCUCGAGGGACUCUGGGCAGAUCUUUGUCUUGGAAUGUUUCGUUUGAUUGCUGAGAAAAAGGUGUCUGGUCAUUCGGGGCUAAAGACGAACAAGUUAACUCUGAUUCUCGCUUUGGAUGCAGCGCUAUGUCCAAGCCUCGCAUUGAAGACGUGUUUCAAAAUGGUCUGCCAGUCUUAAAGGGGCCUGAGAUUGUGGAGGAUGACAAAGAGAGGGAAGCUCUGACGGUUUCCACGUCAAAUCAUAUAAAGGAACGUGUCGAGUACAUCAAAUCGAUGUUGGGCUCCAUGGAAGAUGGAGAAAUAAGCAUUUCAGCUUAUGACACAGCGUGGGUUGCUCUUGUUGAAGACAUUCAUGGAAGUGGCCUUCCUCAGUUCCCAUCUACCCUUCAAUGGAUCGCCAAAAACCAGCUUCCCGAUGGUUCAUGGGGCGACAGUCAAAUUUUUUAUAGUUAUGAUCGGAUAAUCAACACUUUAGCCUGUGUUAUUGCCUUAAAAUCAUGGAAUAUUCAUCCUGAAAAGUACGAAAAAGGGAUUUCAUUUUUGAAAGAGAAAAUAUGUAAGCUGGAAUACGAGAACGCAGAGCAAAUGACCAUUGGAUUUGAAGUUGCUUUCCCCUCACUACUCGAAAUAGCUCGAAGUUUGAACAUUGAAGUAGCUGAUGAUUCCCCUGUGUUGCAAGAGAUAUAUGCAAAGAGAAACAUAAAGCUAACGAGGAUACCAAGAGACAUGAUGCACAAAGUGCCCACAACACUACUCUAUAGCUUGGAAGGGAUGCCAGGGCUGGAGUGGGAAAAGCUUCUUAAUCUGCAGUUCCAAGAUGGGUCUUUCUUGUUCUCUCCAUCAUCCACUGCCUUUGCACUCAUGCAGACCAAAGACGAUAACUGCCUCACUUAUUUAAAAAAUGCGGUCCACAGGUUUAAUGGUGGAGGCUAUGCCCUGGAAGUCCCCUGGUAUGCAAGCUUACCUCGCGUGGAGACAAGAUUCUACAUAGAGCAAUAUGGUGGUGACGAUGAUGUUUGGAUUGGGAAGACCCUCUACAGGAUGCCCUAUGUCAGCAAUAAAACGUAUCUGGAGCUAGCAAAACUAGACUACAACAAUUGCCAAGCCUCUCAUCGGAUGGAGUGGGAGAGCAUUCAAAAGUGGUACUCAGACUGUAAUCUUGGAGACUUUGGAUUGAGCAGAAAAACCCUGCUGUUUGCUUAUUUUUUGGCGGUAGCCAGUAUUUUCGAACCGGAAAGAUCCAACGAACGACUUGCAUGGGUGAAAACGACGGCGUUGGUGGAGGCAAUCACGUCAUACUUUGUCGAGGAGGAAAUGAGGAGAGCCUUUCUACAUGAAUUCAGGAACAACGCUGAUCCACGGGACUGCAUAAACAGAAGGUUCCACAUAUACAUAUAUAUACUACUCGACUCGAUCAAUCUAGAGUUUUUCGAUAAUAUAAAAUAG